AUGAAUCACCAAACCUACAAAGUUUGCCUUCCCUGCGAUAACAUCUAUGGUGUCGAGUUGCCCGAAUUUGGCAACGUCCUUUUAUUCGGCUUCGAGCUCAUGUGUCUGUAUGGCAUAUACAAAUUCUUCAAGAAAGCAUUCAAUUCCAUCGUCAUAUACGCGAGUAUAUCUGAUGAGGGGUUGACGAGGAUAGUACAGCUCAGCGAGCGGGACCAACCUCCUGAAUACCAGUUGGUGGAGAAGAGUGAGAUUUCGGUCGCUGAUAAUUUGGAAGCUAUGAAUGUGGUGGAGGGUAUUGAGAAGUCGGAAUGA